CUCUAGCCCGCCCGGCGCACUCGCUGCCCGGCGCCCCGCGAGCCGGCGCUCUAGCCCUCGGCUGGGAUCUGGGUUCUCGCCGCUUCCCGCCUGCGCCCGGCGGCUCGAGGGUCCUCACGGGCUGGGAGGUUCCGGACGCUGCUGGAGGACCCAGACGGAGAGCUCAUCUGCCAUGGAACUGGCCAGCCCCCACUCCAACUUUCAAUCAGACUUGGAUUUCUGCCCGGAUUGCGGCUCGGUCCUGCCGCUGCCCGGAGCUCAGGAUACUGUCAUCUGCCCUCGCUGUGGCUUCUCCAUAGACGUGCGAGAUUUCGAAGGGAAGGUUGUGAAGACCUCGGUUGUGUUCCACAAACUGGGGGCAGUCGUACCUACAUCUGUGGACGAAGGACCUGAAACGCAGGGACCAGUGGUUGACAGGCGCUGCCCUCGAUGUGGUCACGAGGGAAUGGCGUACCACACCAGACAGAUGCGCUCAGCUGAUGAAGGACAGACUGUUUUCUAUACCUGUGUCAACUGCAGGUUUCAGGAAAAGGAAGAUUCUUGAUCUCUUCUGGCAACUCAGCAACAAUGCUCUUCCUCUUGGGAGGUGAAGAUGAUCCUUUGAGGCCUUCUCCCUCCCCUCUGGUUACAGUGCUCUGUUCUCAGAAUAAGAUCAUCACCCGCAGCUGGGUGGUGGUGGUGCACACCUUUAAUCCCAGCACUCAGGAGGCAGAGGCAGGUGGAUCUCUGUGAGUUCGAGGCCAGCCUGGUCUACAACAGCUAUUUCCAGGACAGACUCCAGAGCUACAGAAAACCCUGUCUCGAAAAACAAAAACAAACAAACAAAAAAAAAGAUCAUCACCCCCAAAGCAUUCCUUCCCCAAGCUGAAUUUACUAAAGUUAUGUUUUCUAUGAAA